AUGGAAAACUCAGAUUCUGGCGAUGAUGGAGAUGAAUCUGCGGCGCAGCGCAGAAGUCAGAAGAACCGAUUAGCUCGGGAUUUCUAUCGAUUUGUAAAUAACCUGAGUGAAGACGAGUACAAGCUUAUGAAGGGUAACAAUUUGCUAGGCAACCCAGGUGAAAGUACAGAAGAAGAGUUGCGGAGAAGACUUCACCUAGUUAAAGAAAACCUACCGGGCAACUCAGGUGAAAAUACAGGUGAAGGAAAUUCUUCAGAUGAUGUGUCUAGCAGUGACUCUUUAAUAGACUGGCUUAUCUCUUUUGAACCAACUGAAAAUGUGACAAGUGGGCAAAGAGAACCCCAACCUUGGAGAGAAGUGAGCCAGGUUAAUCCUCCCAGUGAUUUCAGAUUCAGUUCUGGCAGUUCAAGUGUAGAGAGAGAACACCAACCUUGGAGAGAAGUGAGCCCGGCUAAUCCACACCGUGAUUUCGGAUUCAGUUCUGGCAGUCCAAGUGCAGAGAAUAAAUAUGCACCAUCUACAAGACUUCCCAGAAGAGAAAAUGUGGAAAAUAGCCACAGUCACGUGGAAAACCCACGAUCUGAGUCACGAUUUACAAGACCAUCUAAAUCAGAACAAAGUACACCAAGGCCAUCAAUAAAAGUCCCACCGACUAGAGGUCAGAAAAGAGCAAGAAGCAGAAGCCCAGACCACAGUAGAACCAGAGCAAGAACUGAAAGUAGGUCACCUCCACGUUCAGUGGGUGAACUUUUACAAAGAUUCCACCACAGUGCAUCAUCUCCAACUUUUGAGCAGCCUUUCGUAGGUGAGACUGAGAGAGUUUUUAGAUCUGGGCACAAAGAAACAUCGAGACAGCGAACAGCUGCACUUGAAUUGCAACACAGGCAUCUUUGUGCAACGUCUGGGACAAGGAAUGCUGUUCAAGGAGAAUCUUCUCCAGACACAACUGGUGAUGGUGAAUCUUGUGGAUUGAGACAGAUAUAUCCAACAAUAUGCCUCUGUUGUGCAGGAGGACAAGUUCAUCCUGUAGCAUAUUCUGAGAGAGACAGCAUGACUAGUAGAACUCAAAUAACAUCUGAGAUACCAAAUAACACCGUCACUUUGGAAAGUGAACAAGGAGAACUUAGGCAUAUGUUUUCAUAUUAUGAACAGGCAGAUAUGAGAGCUUAUGUUAGUACCGUUGGAAUUCCCAUUUGUAGAAUUUUAAGUACAGGUUUAAGUGAUACAAUAUCCGGUGCAAUUCAAAGCACAUUAAGGCAGACAGUGACAUAUUUUAGUGACUCAAGUAAUCUUAUGGACAGUGAGAGUGAUUUAGAGCCUAGGCAGUCAGCCCCAAGUCGAUACAUGGAAAGGGCAGAGUCACCCAAUGGAAGGGAUAGUUCCGAUGGCAGAAGUUUUAGUUCCAACUCAAAUUCUAGCUGUGAUUCCUGUUUACAUUCCACAUUGACUUCUAGUUCAAACUCCAGUUACACAUCCAGUUCCAGUUUCAGUCUGAUGUCGAAUUCCAGCUCCAGUCUGAUGUCCAGUUCCAGCUCCAGUCUGAUGUCGAAUUCCAGCUCCAGUCUGAUGUCCAGUUCCAGCUCCAGUCUGAUGUCCAGUUCCAGCUCCAAUCCGAUGUCCAGUUCCAGCUCCUUCAGUGAUGAAAAUUCAGAAAUCAGCACACUGUUCUCUGAAGGCAGUGAUGAAAGAAGAUUCUCACCACACUCAUCAGAAACCUGGAGUGACAGUAGAUCUAUGACCCCAAUAACGUCAGAUGAAAGUGACUCUUGGGCCUCCCUUGAUCAAUUUUUUCUCUUGAAUUAUGAUGAUAACCAUCCUACAGGGCUCAGCAAAGCAGAGAUUGACAACUUGGCUAUAAGACCUUUUGCUAAAAAUGAUACAUUGAAAGUGUGUAUCAUUUGUAUUACAGAGUACACAGAAGGCAACAAGCUUCGCAUACUGCCUUGCUCCCAUGAAUAUCAUGUGCACUGUAUUGAUCGCUGGCUGUCUGACAACUCUACUUGUCCUAUUUGUCGCAGGAAAGUAGUAGGUUCUUGUUAGAAAAUUUUAAUUGAUAUCUGAAAUCUCAGCUAUAUAAACUGUUAUAGUGAUGGCUUAUACCCACUUUUGGAGUGAUGCUUAAAUAUAACAAUCUGAAUCUAAUUGUGAAUCUAAAUGUAA